AAAAAAUAAUAUUUUCAUUUUUGAAGUAUUGAAAUAAAAGUUUUCAAAAAAUGAGAGUCAGUUUUUUAUUAAUUGCUACAAUUGUGCUAUUGUUCGAACAAGUAGUUGGACAUGAUAAAAAAGUAGUCUGCUAUUAUGGAAGUUGGGCCACAUAUCGACCAGGAAAUGGUAAUUGUGAAGUGGAAAAAAUUGAUCCAACAUAUUGUACGCAUGCAAUAUACACAUUUGUUGGUAUUAAUGAGGAUGCCACAAUACGGAUAAUUGAUCCGUAUGCUGAUUUACCCGAUAAUUAUGGCAAAGAUGGUUUUGGAAAAUUUAACGCUUUGAAAAAGAUUAAUCCAAAUUUAAAAACAUUAAUUGCGAUUGGUGGAUGGAAUGAAGGAUCUACUAAGUUUUCACACGUGAUGAAUAAUCCAGAAUUAAGAGCACAAUUUGUCAAAAACUCUGUUGAUUUCGUCUUGAAAUAUGGUUUUGAUGGUUUCGAUUUUGAUUGGGAAUAUCCAAAUCAACGCGGUGGCAUCGAAGAGGAUAAAGAAGCUUACAUUGCUACAAUUAAAGAAUUACAUGAAGCUUUCAAACCUCACGGUUUGUUAUUAUCAAGUGCUGUAGCAGCGGCAAAAUCUUCAGCUUCACUAUCGUAUUUAAUACCAAAAAUGAGUCCACAUUUGGAUAUAAUAAAUUUAAUGGCAUACGAUUUGAAUGGUGGCUGGAAUAAUUAUGUUGGAAUAAAUGCACCAUUGUAUCCACGGGAAGAUGAAAGUGAAGAAAUCCGUGGAAACUUAAAUGUGGAAGCAUGUAUUAAAUAUUGGAUGGAUAAUGGUGUUGAUCCAAAAAAAGUUGUCCUAGGUAUGCCAUUGUAUGGUCGAUCAUUCCGUUUAGUUAACAAAGAUAACUACAAACCGGGGGCACCAGCAAGUGGAAAAGGAAUUGGUGGUCCAUAUUCAGGAGAACCGGGUAUGGUUGGUCUAAAUGAGAUUUUGGAAAUUUCAAAUAAUGGUUGGACUCAUUAUUGGGAACCCGAAGGUAUGGUUCCAUACAUGGUUAAAGACUAUGAUUGGAUUGGAUACGAAAAUGAACUAUCGAUUGCUCUGAAAACGCAAUUUGCCAUGGAAAAAGGAUUGGGAGGUGUUAUGAUUUGGAGUCUUGAAACUGAUGAUCUUACCGGAUUUUCUGGACAAAAAUUUGUUUUCUUAAAAACAAUUAAUAACAUCUUAAAUGGAGGAUCAUUGCCAUCAACAACAUCUACACCAAAACCAACAACCAGUACAGCAGAUCCAUCAAUCAGUACAACAGAUCCAUCAAUCGGUACAACAGGUCCAACUUUAGCCCCCGGAAACAUUUGUACAAAACCGGGUUUUGUACGUGAUCCUGAUGAUUGUAGUGUAUUUUAUAUGUGCGAGGAAUCAUCGGAUGGAUCGUAUACCCAAUAUCGAUUUGAAUGUUCAGAUGGUCUUUACUUUAACGAAGACACGGAAGUCUGUGAUUAUGCAGAAAAUGUACAAUGUUAGCAAUUAUUAAGGACCCUAUGGUGUAAGUGUGUCCCACCCCAGGACAGUCACUCUAACCUAACCUAACCUAACCUAA